AUGCAUGAACUGCAAAAGUAUCGCACUCGUAUAGAAUGCAUUACAAAUUUUCUCCGCAUGAGAAACAAAAUUUGUCAUGCUGAUUUACCUUUAAACAAAAUAUUUGCAAUGCAAGAAUUGCAUUUUUUAUACGAGUGCGAUACUUUUGCACAGGAUACGAUGCUCGGAAGUGCGAUGCUGAGCAAGAGUGAACAAUCUUCGAGGUCGCAGUCAAGGGCACUGUCCUCAUCUGUCACUACCUCUUCAACACAGCUGCAGUCCCGUUCCCAAUCCCGUAUGCUCGUUUCCGCUGCAGUGCACGGUGCUGGUGGAGGUUCCAAGCACAUCGUCGAAAGCAGUCAAGAAAUAGAAGCAGACGACCAACACCAGCAUUUUGAAUCCUCUACCGAAGAGCAAAGCAAAACGCUACUCAUUGAAGCCUUGGCGAAGGGCAGGGACGUACCGGAUGAGGAAUAUUUGAAGGAGCUGAACUACCUAGACGCCAUUCACGCGUUUCCGAGGGGGGAGGGCGAAUUAAGAAGCCGGAAUUUGUCGGUUUCCGAGGUGAAUUCGAAAACGAUCGGCAUGGAUGAGGGGGUGCGCUUUGGCGAUGAUGAUGAGGAUGAGGACGAUCAUUUACAAAUCAAUUUUGGCCCGCCCUCGUCGGAACUACAAGCAGAUCAUCUCGCCGAGCAGUCGCUUGCUGCAGGUGAAGACGGGGUGUUUCACCUCACGGAAGCGACUGGUGUGAAAGACCACCAACGCGGGGGGACAACGUCGAAAGGCGAGCAGCACGACCUCAGCGACCUUGUAUUACAGGAAAAAGCAACAUGAACAUUAACGUUAAUACGGAAUUUGUGAUGCAGGACCGCAUCAGAUGAAAAGGUGCCUAAAUUUGUGUUGCAUAGCAUGCAUGCUAGGAAAAAUCUGUCAUGCAUAGCUGCAAUCUCUGGGCAAAACCGUCAAGGUUGACACUUUUUUCCUUGAUACCUUGUCCUUCAGGACUACAAGCAAUCGCUCCACGCACAGUCGAUGCUCGAAGACCAACCGCCGACGGCGGACAACCACCGCGGGUCCGGCAUCUCCGACGUCUCCCUCGCGUUUGCGUAUGAGUCCAAGAUGGAUUUGAUGAGCUCCCCCAACACCUCGAAGAAUUUGAAAAAGAAAGGUGGGUCGGCAUCGUCGGCAAAAAAACGGAAUAAGUCUACUUCGGGCCGCGGAAAAACUACAAGGGGCAAAAACAGCAGUAGUGGUCAGCAGCAACUCCGCGCCCGGUCCCCGACCGCGACGAAUACCAUGCACGAGCAGGUGACUUCCCCGAUGCACGGGCUGACGAAAGAGCAGCAGAAACUGGUAAAACCCGCGGACCCGGGGCAGCUGAAGCGCGUGGCCAACUACAUGCGGUUGUUGGAAGAUUUGUUCGAAACCACCGACCACUUGGACACGUCCCUUUCCAAAACCGCGAACUCGCUGCUGAAUUUGAAAAAACGGACCCAGUACGAGCACAAGGCCAUGUCGUUACUGCAGAACGAAAUCGAAAAAUUGCAAAUCGACGGAGGCUAUGAAUUGCAAGACUAUCGUACCACGUAGUGAUUGCAUGAUUUUUGCAAAGUAGCUCAGCAUGACAGAUGGAAUUUGUCAUGCGGAUCUACCUUAAGAAUGAAUGAGACUUUGCAUGCAUCAACACUGCAAUUACUACGAGUAUGAUACUACUUUUGCAAUGCAUAGAGGUUUCGACAUGAACCCGAAAACCGUGGAUCCGAACGCGAAAAGCUUAUCAAAAGGGAACAUCCCCGCUCCCCAUAUCGAAAACGAAAUUUGUGAUGCUGUAUUUGAGUACACAAAUCGGCUCGUUCACUUCACUUCACUUCAUCGGCUCGUAAUGCUAGAAGACCAAGAGACGCAGCUGUGGCCUCGUUUGCAGGCAAUUUGUCAUGCUGUUUCCCACUUCCAGCUGAUCCCUGUCAUGCUGAAGAUGCAAGGCUUUCCCACGCCAACCAGAACUACAGUCCGCAUCUUUUCCCUUCUAGCAUGACAAAGCUGUGACCACAAAUCUGAGUGUCGUCCAGACCGACGGCGGUAGAUUCUUCUGGAGGCGGAGGCUAGAUUUUCAAUAGUGGAGGAAAGAUGUCAGUCUAUGUAUGAAGCGCUCUCGUUUUCUUUACCCUGAUGCGACCCAAUAAGGAGAAACUCUCCUCCGUCAGCAUGCGAAUAGCAUUUGGGUGCCCUACUUUGUGGAAGGCUCUUCUUCAUUUUCUAAGCGGCUGGAUUUCUUUGGGAAUUGCCUUCGCUCAUGUAGUGCUAGUGACAUCUUUUAGGGGGGUGCCUACCCUUUUGCAUUUUCGAUUUUGAUUCGUUAUUUCUUUUUUUUAGAAUGAUGAUGAUACUAUUUCUGGUUAGCCCACAAGAACAAGAACAAGAACGUGAUCCGCUCCCGCAGGCAAAAAAAAAAAAAUCUGCAUCACAAAUUUCUAGUUUGAGUACGGGGUGGGGGGAUUUUUCAUUUUAAUAAAGCUCCAAGAAACUCCCCAAACCCGCGCCCAUGCUGGAUGUGUUGACAAGGUUUGAGAAUUUGAAGCACAAGCUGAGGAAAUCGAAUUUAGCAGUGGAGAUGGAAAAUAACAAGGAUGAAAACAAGAAUAUUAAAUCUGGUGGAGCGAAGAUGAACAGCAAUCGGACUUCUUCUUCUUCCACACAACAGAAUGAUCGGACUUUCGAGAAUUACCACUCUUCGUCUGGAGGAAUUAUAGAGCACAGCAAGUCCCUGUCGUCCACCAUAGAGGACGCCAGUGGCGCUGCCGGGUACGGGUUCGGGAAAGUGAAAAACAAACGCGGGGGCAGCAAAAGUAAAAACCUGCUAUCAACUGCAAAUAUUUUUUGUCUGGAUGAUCUGGAAGAUAGAAUGCAAAGCAAGGCUUGUCAUGCAACAUCCCGGGAACAAAGAACACAAAGUUCUUGGUCUGUACUCCUGCGCCCACAAGCUGCAUCUUCACAGAUUGCGCAAGAGCCUCUUGAUGCCUAGUAUUCGCCCUCUGCGUUCUCUUUAGAAGUGGACAACUUUUGCCGUCCAUCAUGCAACACAGAUUUUUGUCUACGCCGCACUUAGCAUCACAAGUUGCAAGAAUGUGGUUCCAGACGCGGACAUAUUUGUGAUGCAUACCUGCGGCACACACACAGCUUAGACUUUGAGGCGAAGAAACUGGGGAGGUUGUCGCAGAGUGACAUCCGGUACGAAACGACAAAGAGCAUGCUGAGGAAUCGCCCGAUGUCUGGUAUAAUGAUAUGGUGGUUGGAGGGUCUACUAUUCAUUCUCAAUGAUGUAGUUCAUGUUGACGACAGUGCUAUUUUUAUCGUAAAAAAUUGAUAAGUGUGUAUCUGUAUCGGAUCUUCUUGCAUUGUUGUUGACGAUGACAAAGUACUAGAAGUUUUAUCGACCACAAUAACCCUCCCACCUACUUCCCAGCAACCGAGAAGCUCCGCGAGACGCAGCGGCUAUUUCACGCGCAUGAAUCGGACAUGAAUAAGCAGGAGAACCGCGCCAACGAUCUCCAUGGGGACCCUGCCGUACCUGUUCCGGCGUCAACGUCUGGACGAGCAGCCUCCUCCUCUUCCGAUAUAUUUCUGGAGCAAAGUCUAUGCAUUGCAAAAGUCAAAGUAUGGUACUAUUGAAGCAGUAAUCGCAUUACAAGUUUGUCCAGCAUGAAAAAUGGAAUUUCUCAUGCUGAUUUAUUACCUUGAAAAGGAGAUCUGUCAUGCACAAAUGCGAUUACUGCGAGAACGAGUGCGAUGCUUUUGCACAGGAUAGAGCCUUGCUUUCGGCAAUUUCCGCGACACCCGGCUGGGCAAUCGGCAGUUGUUUAUCCCAAAAGAUGUAUGACAGUGCACAACAACUCCUCCUCGUUCUCAUUUCUCAUGCACAAGCCCAAAUCCAGUUGUUCCCUUGUACGUACCUUUACUAUUACGCAUGACAAAUUCCGGAAGCCCAAACAUUACUACAUUAAAGGAAUUCACACGUUUGUCAUGCGUAGCAUCCACGUGCGCUGGUGUUUGUAUUGCUGUUCAUGCAGUAUACAAAUAAGGGGAACGAGAGGGGUUGUGCACUCUCAUAAGAUGUUACGGAGUACUACGACGAGCUACAUGCGGAUCCUCCAAAACCGAAGGAAAAACCCAAGCGUCCUUGGAGCGGAAAGGACAAACGGAGGGAGAAGCAGGCGGAAAUGUGGAAGGGAGAGAUAAAG